AUGGCAUCAUCUUCUUCUUCUGCGAGUAAUUCACAGGACCGUCGUCGAUGGAAGCACGAUGUGUUUCUAAGUUGUAUGAUUGAGGAUACUGAAACCAGAUUUACGCGUAGCUUGGUAAGUGGUUUGAAAAACAGGGGAAUAUUUACCUUUAGAUAUGCAAGGCUAGAGCACGGCGAUUCGGUCUUACAAGAACUCUCGAGAGCUAUAGAAGGGUCUCAACUUGCCCUCAUCAUUUUGUCAACGAAGUAUGCUGAAUCGAGUCGGUGCUUCAAAGAACUAGAGAAGAUCAUGGAAUGCAAGGACAAAAGUGGACUAACAGUCCUACCAGUCUACUAUCAUGUGAAUCCAUCAGAUGUUCGAAACCAAAGUGGGCGCUUUGGAGAUGCCUUUGCAGAACAUGUAUUAAGGUAUAAGGAUCAGGGGAUGCAGAUGGUGCAAGGAUGGAGGACUGCCCUAACUGCUGUCGCAAAUCUAAAGGGAUGGCAUAUCCGUGACGGGGAUGAAUCAGAGAUUAUUCGGCAGAUCGUCAACGACAUUGCUUCCAAAAUUUGCAAGUGCACUUGUUCUUUUUCUUUGCUAGAUGUGGGAUUAGAGAAAGUAAGUCCCUACUUGAGAUAGAAAUCGAUGAUGUUCUGAUUGUGGGGAUCUGGGAAAUGGGUGGAAUCGGUAAAACAACAAUAGCACUAGCAAUCUUUCAUACCCUAUCUUAUCAAUUUGAAGCUGCUUCUUUUCUUGCGGAUUUUAAAGAAUAUGACAAAAAGAAUAUCCUUUACAAAAUAUCCUUCUGUCUGAACUGUUAGGAGAAAAAGAUAAUUACGUCAAGAACAAGCAAGAGGGGAAGUUCAUGAUUUUGAGCAGACUUUGUUUUAACAAGGUGCUAAUUGUGCUUGAUGACACAGAUUAUAAUGAUCAAAAGUUUCGAGCUCACCUAAAUAGACGAGUCAAAACCUUAUAUAGCUUCAGGGGCCUGUCCUUGAAAUUCCCGAAUUAGCCUUGAUUUAAUGUUUCCCUACGAGCUGCUGUGCGGUCAUGCAGCUGAAGUCCCAAACACACAGCGAAAUCCCAAACGCGCACUAACUGCGCAGCCCUGUCCGCAGCUUGUUCACUCACUGCCUU